AUGUUUGGGUUAGGGCAUUGCAUGGUUUAUAUCGUGGUCUUAAGUGCCAUUGCGGCUACAGCCUACCCAUACUCAUCUCCUCCAACACCAGAAUACAGUUCUCCGGUCCAUCAACACAAAUCACCAUAUCCACCCAAAAAGUAUUCCCCAUCCUACUCGGCAUCACCAGCUCCUCCACCACAAUACAGAAGACAAGGUCCAAAGUACACGCCACAUCCAAAACCAUAUGUUUACAGCUCUCCACCUCCACCAUACUACUCUCCUUCUCCUAAGGUUAGUUACAAGUCUCCACCUCCACCAUACGUUUACAGCUCCCCACCACCACCAUACUACUCCUUCUCCAAAGUCUCCACCUCCACCAUACGUUUACAGCUCCCCACCACCACCAUACUACUCUCCUUCUCCAAAGUAGAGUACAAGUCUCCACCACCACCAUACGUUUACAGCUCCCCACCACCACCGUACUACUCUCCUUCUCCUAAAGUUGACUACAAGUCUCCACCACCACCAUACGUUUACAGCUCCCCACCACCACCAUACUACUCUCCUUCUCCUAAGGUAGAGUACAAGUCUCCACCACCACCAUACGUUUACAGCUCCCCACCACCACCGUACUACUCUCCUUCUCCUAAAGUCGACUACAAGUCUCCACCUCCACCAUACGUUUACAGCUCCCCACCACCACCGUACUACUCUCCUUCUCCUAAGGUAGAGUACAAGUCUCCACCCCCACCAUACGUUUACAGCUCCCCACCACCACCGUACUACUCUCCUUCUCCUAAAGGUCGACUACAAGUCUCCACCACCACCAUACGUUUACAGCUCCCCACCACCACUGUACUACUCUCCUUCUCCAAGGUCGACUACAAGUCUCCACCACCACCAUACGUUUACAGCUCCCCACCACCACCGUACUACUCUCCUUCCCCUAAGGUCGACUACAAGUCUCCACCCCACCAUACGUUUACAGCUCCCCACCACCACCGUACUACUCUCCUUCCCCAAAGGUCGACUACAAGUCUCCACCACCACCAUAUGUUACAGCUCCCCUCCACCACCACUACAAGUCUCCACCCCCACCAUACGUUUACAGCUCCACCACCACCGUACUACUCUCCUUCUCCUAAGGUCGACUACAAGUCUCCACCCCCACCAUAUGUCUACAGCUCUCCACCACCACCGUACUACUCUCCUUCUCCUAAGGUCCACUACAAGUCUCCACCCCACCAUAUCUCUCCACCACCACCGUACUACUCUCCUUCUCCUAAGGUCCACUACAAGUCUCCACCCCCACCAUAUGUUUACAGCUCUCCACCACCACCGUACUACUCUCCUUCUCCUAAGGUCCACUACAAGUCUCCACCCCCACCAUACGUUUACAGCUCUCCACCACCACCAUACUACUCUCCUUCUCCUAAGGUCGACUACAGCUCUCCACCACCACCGUACUACUCUCCUUCUCCUAAGGUCAGCUACAAGUCUCCACCCCCACCAUAUGUCUACAGCUCUCCACCACCACCAUAUUACUCUCCUUCUCCAAAAGUAGAGUACAAGUCUCCACCACCACCAUAUGUCUACAAAACGCCUUCCUAUUGA